AUGUCAACCCGGCUCGACUACCUCGUCCGGAAACUGGGUGAUCUCGAUGAUGCUAUAGCGCGCGAGAAGACAGAGUACGACAAAGCCCGGGAUCGGUACGACAAGAUGAGAAGCCGAGACAUAUUGAAUGAGCUCUUCGAUCAGCUCAAGGGCUACCGAACUGAGCACGACCAGCUCCGGCGGUCGAACUCUGCGCAAGCAACACUACUGACGAGCUCCAACUGUACCCAGCACGCCCCAAGAAAACUCCUCAGCAUCAACAGCAUCACGCGUCACCGAGGCAUGGAGCUCCCGCGCAAAACGCUCAGCGAAACCAACAACAAGCGCCGCCUCCGCCCCAGUACAGGACAGCCCAGCCCAAUCGAUCGAACCCCCAGCGUCAAUGCCCCGAUCCACGAGGAAACAAUUAUGGCGCCAACAACACGACAGCUGGACGGUCCCGUGGCCAGCCAACUAACAAUUGUAGACUACGAGAUCGAGGAACCGGACGGGAAGUCGUAUAUUGUCAGGGGUGGGGCUGUAGUCCGAGACUUUGAUCCGGCACGGGAUAAGGUGAGAAAGGCUGAGUGA